ACGAACGUGUGUUUAUGGGAAGCAUGUCGCUUGUCGUGGCGGCGAGUAGAAGACUCUUUCGUCAUUGUCGAAGCUUGACGACAACAAUCCGCAGCAGAGGUGCUGCUGUGGACAGUGCACUUCCUGCAUUCAGAUCAAUAUGCGGAGAGGAUGGCGUCUCUCUGGGAGCCGCUGUCCGAGAACAACACGGAAAAGAUGAAUCCGUACACAGAUGCCGUCCACCGGAUGUGGUGGUUUUUCCGCGCUGUGUGGAGGAAGUCAGCGCCCUUGCCAAAGUCUGUCAUAGCAAACGCCUUCCCAUCAUCCCGUUUGGCACUGGAACUGGCCUGGAGGGAGGGGUAGGAGCACUGAAGGGUGGUGUAUGCUUCAGCCUGAGGAACAUGGAUCAGAUUCUGGAUCUCCACCAGGAGGAUUUUGAUGUGACGGUUGAGCCUGGUGUGACCCGGAAGACUCUGAAUGCAAACUUACGAGACACAGGACUGUGGUUUCCUGUUGAUCCUGGAGCUGAUGCUUCGCUGUGUGGUAUGGCAGCCUCUAGCGCAUCCGGCACCAAUGCAGUGCGAUAUGGAACCAUGAGAGAAAACGUUAUGAACUUGGAGGUUGUACUUGCUGACGGGACUACGAUACACACGGCCGGCAAGGGCCGACGUCCCAAGAAGACUUCAGCGGGCUACAACUUGACAAACCUGUUUGUGGGAUCAGAGGGCACCCUGGGAAUCAUCACUAAGACGACCCUGCGCCUCUAUGGUAUUCCGGACUCUAUGGUAUCUGCCGUGUGCUCUUUUCCUACGGUGCAGGCCGCUGUGGAUAGCACGGUGCAGAUUCUACAAGCUGGAGUUGCUAUCGCUCGCAUCGAGUUUCUAGAUGACGUGAUGAUCGACGCCUGCAACAAGUUUAGCUCUCUGUCAUACCCUGUCACACCAACUCUCUUCCUGGAGUUUCAUGGUUCUGAACAGAGUCUCGAAGAACAAGUCACCACUACCGGUGAGUCCCCAAUUCAUAGACAAGUGAUCAUACAUCUACGAGUAUCGUUUCUUAGCUGA